AUGCUGCUCGGACUACCUGAAGCUCUUUCUAGCAUUACGAAGCGCAAGUUUGAGGCUGCAAAGGCAUCUUCAGAUUUGUUGUUCUCGCCUACGGAGCUAGCAAUCAUCCGCACAUCCGCAGGCAUUCCCUUCCAACUACGCUAUUGCCCAUCGCUUGCGAAGAAACCCUUGCCGAAGCUCCAGCAUGCUACGCCGAAACAGAAGAUCGACCCCUUCGAGAAUCCCCCACCAGCAUUACACCUGGCUGACAUCCCCGCCGCGGACCCAACCCACUUCCUCGUCCUUAACAAGUUCCCCAUAAUCUCCGAGCACUUCAUCCUUGCUACAAAACCGAACAAGAAACAAACACACGCGCUAGAGCUAGACGAUCUAGAGGCGACCUACGCUGUGCUGAAGGCUUGGCAGACAGACUCAGGCGACAGCGAGAAGCGUCUCCUCGCAUUCUUCAACUCUGGAGAUCAUAGCGGCGCGUCUCAGCCCCACAGACACCUGCAGUUCUUGCCAGUCGAGGGAAUGCGCGAUAGCGAUAAAGCUAGCGACUGGAGUCUGCUUAUAGACUUGAUCUUUUCAAGCCCAGUGGCCAAGGCGACUGGUAGGCGUCUCUGUCAGAUGCGCACUGUGCAGCAGCUAAUAUUCUGUCUACAAGGUCAUCUCAAGUUCUUACAACACCCGUCCUUGCCCUUCACGCACUUUGCCUAUCCUUUCGACUCGGAGCCAACUGGUGCUCAGUUAUUCGAAAUCUACAACCAUCUGUACGAUGCGGCAAAAGCGGCAGUCGACACAUUCAUCUCCUCGAAUCCGAACGACUUCGCUCUAAACCCUACCGACGAUGGCGAUCUACCCAUCAGCUACAACCUCGCUAUGACUACCUCGGGCAUGGUCAUCUUGCCGAGACGUGCUGAAGGCACCAUGCUGCGUCGUGAUGACGGUAGUGAGAUCGGCUUCGCAGCUCUCAACGGUACAACGUUGGGAGGCACGAUGAUGGUCAAGCACCAAGACGAAUGGGACAUGCUGCGCCAAAAGCCAGGGCUGCUGGAUCACAUUCUCUCUGGGAUUGGCUUUCCAAAGACCUCUCCAUCGAAAGCCAAAGGGCUACUACAAGAUCUUGUGGUGGUCGUGUCUCUUGUGCGGACCUUGACGGAUUCUUUCGGGUCUGCGAGUGACUUGUAUCGCAAACUCAAGCGUAAAGCCGGCGCAAAGGAUAGCGACGAUGAAGACGAUAGAUCUCACAUCCAGAUCCCUUCGCGAAGGCGUCGUCGCGACUCUAUGUUUGGUUCGGGAAAGAGCAAGGGAGACUACAGUGACAGCGAAGAAGAGCUUAUCUUUACCUCCUCUUCUCAGAUUCGAGCCGAAUACGAACGCGGAUAUCGAAAGCUAGGAGAGCCUUUCGCGCGCGGUGAUGUUACAACGCAUACCCAGCUUCAAUCUCAGAUCAUCAAGCUUCAGCAGACAGUCCUCAACAUUCAGCAAGACCUACUGCUUAGCAACUCGGACGACGCGCGCGGCCUCCAUCGCCUCAUUGAACAUGCAGUACCAGCGCAUGCUGCCGCCACUUCCAUCACCACUGCCCCCUCGAGGGCCUGA